CAAAAUGAUGGCCAGUUCACAGUGAUACAGCUGGUGGGAAUGUUGCGCGGCAUUGCAGCAGGAAUGAAAUACUUGUGUGACAUGAACUAUGUCCAUCGAGACCUGGCAGCGAGGAACAUCUUGGUCAACAGCAACCUAGUGUGCAAAGUGUCUGACUUUGGCCUGUCACGUUUCCUUGAAGAGGAUACUUCAGACCCCACUUACACCAGUGCUCUGGGGGGAAAGAUUCCCAUCAGGUGGACAGCACCAGAGGCCAUUCAGUACAGGAAGUUCACCUCCUCAAGUGACUGCUGGAGCUAUGGCAUAGUCAUGUGGGAGGUGAUGUCAUAUGGAGAGAGGCCCUACUGGGACAUGAGUAAUCAAGAUGUAAUCAAUGCCAUAGAGCAGGACUACAGGUUGCCACCCCCUAUGGAUUGUCCUAGUGCACUACAUCAGCUAAUGCUUGACUGCUGGCAGAAAGAUCGCAACAACCGACCCAAAUUCAGCCAGAUUGUCAGCACACUGGAUAAGAUGAUCCGCAAUCCCAACAGCCUGAAGGCCAUGACACCAUUGUCAUCAAGUGUUCAUUUAGCUCUGCUUGAUCGCAGCACUCCAGAUUUCUCCUCUUUCAGCACCGUCGAUGAGUGGCUGGAUGCCAUAAAAAUGGGCCAGUACAAGGAGAACUUCACCAGUGAAGGCUUCACCAGCUUUGAUGUGGUGUCUCAAAUGACCAUGGAGGAUAUCCUCCGAGUGGGAGUGACAUUGGCUGGUCACCAGAAGAAGAUUCUGAACAGCAUCCAGUCAAUGAGGGCCCAGAUGAACCAGAUCACCUCUGUGGAAGUGUGAUCUCAUAGACCAGAAGCACAAAGACUGUUCACUACAGGAAGUCCAGCUGCCAGUAACCAUGCAUUGAGGAACACAUACACUGUGACUUCAGUUGAACCUCAGAUUCACUUUUCCUCCUUCCAAACACUCUCCAAAGGCUUCCAUCAGUAUGCAGCACAGCACAGAUGUUGAGUAGUUUUCUUGAAGCUGCUGUAUAUUCAGGUAACAGUCUUUUUGGGGGGCUGUUGGACAUAAUCACAGGCAUCUAACUGUCAAACUACUACAGUACAGUCACGUGUCUUGUUAAUGUUCCAUCACUCUUCCACUCUCUCCACUACCAGCAACUUAAGUUAUUCUUAAGAAUUAAUGUCCUAAAAUUGGCCUUGCAUUUUGAAUUUUAUGCAAGGAACCUGCUGUCACAGUGAACGAUGAUAUUAAAAACAGCAUAGCAGGACUCAAUGAACUGGCUGGUGCAAAUUACAACUUAUACGUUAAGUUGAGCAUAUUUAUUUAUAGCUGCCACCUUCACCUUACUGCUACCUCUGUACCACAGUAAUUGUGGCAUUUUUCGUAACUAUGUAAAGUUUCUUAACUAUGUAAAGCUGCAAAUCAGAACUUUUUGUCAGAUCAAACCCAGUUUUUGGUACAGGCAAUUGAACAUUUACAUAGAUUGUAUGGUGUGAAUUUGAAUAAGGAAGCAUUGGCUAACUAUGACCCUUAUAUUAUUCAGCUACAAUGUAGAUGAACACACUUCUACUACCAGCAACAACAGGUGCCAAAUACAUCUCUCUCUCUCUCUCUCUCUCUCUCUAUAUAUAUAUAUAUAUAUAUAUAUACACACACACACACAC